UUACCAUCUAAUAGGUCACAGAUAAUCUAUUUUGUUUAGAAAUUGUACUUUUUAAAACAAUAUUUACCUUAUUGCAUAACUUCUAACAAGACAGAUUGGUCAAAACGAUAACACUAAAACAAAGAAAUCUAAUAGUUAAAUGUAAUUUGUCAGUGACAGUGAACAUGUUUGAUUGAAUGCAAUCAUAUGUUAAAAACACAUUUUGUUAAAAAUUACAUUAACUACAGCAUUUUCUUCCACAUUAGCAACUAGAGAUGUUCUAAAAUUACAUCAAAUCCUGUUUUUUUCCUGGUAAUGGCUGUUGUGUUUUUUCCCUGAUGACAGUAAAUGUUGCAUUUUGUUUGGCAAAGACAGUGAAAACAUAAUUAUGCUCAAUGAUGACACUAAUCAGCAUUUUGUCCAAUAAAGACAGUGAAUGCAGCAUCUUUCUUACCAGCAACUACAGUGAGUUCAACGAAUUAAAAAGACAUAGAAUGCAGCAUUUAGUCCAGUAAUGACAAAAAGUGAAGGAUUUUGUCACAUAAUGUCAGUGAAUGCAACAUUUUGUGCCAUUAGGACAGUGAAUGCAGCAUUCUUUUUUCCAUGUUCACUGAAUGCAACAUUUGCAUCACAGAAACGUGACAGUUAAUUUUGUCCUUUAUCUGCAUCACUCUGUUUUGUCACUCUUUCCAUAUUCUGUGUUUGAUGACAUUAUAAAUAAAUUUUUUCAGCACUUAUAAGUAAAAUAAUAUUUUUUUAAUUGAAUUGUUGUUUAUCUGUUAAAUUAGCUGAGUAAUAGCUGAGGGUUUAACUCAUAACACUUUUUAAUUAUGAAACAGAUUUUUAUUUUCAAAAGAAAGUUUAGGAGGUGAAAGAAAUUGAUCUCCUUCCCUGUUGGGAGCUGAACCCAGAGUCCCCGAACCUCAGGUUGGGAACCACAAAGCUUUGUCCGGGACUCAGGUGUUCUAAGUGUUCACCUGCAUGGCUCUGCUGAGGCGGCAGCGUCAGAAAGUGAAGGAGGUGCGUGUCUGAGGAGGAGGAGGAGCUCAGCCUCUCCUCCCUCUGCGUGUCUUCAGUGUGUCCGUGGGUUCCGCGGCAGCCGGAGUGGAGAAGCGGUUGCAGAACUCAGCCUGCACCUGAACGCACCUGCGAUGCUCCUGGAUGCUCCUGUCCGCUCUCUCCUCCUUCUGAGCGGGGAAACUCUCCGAUGUGAGCUCGUCUGUGCGUAAAAGUGUCCGGCUCCGUCAUGGCCUAUCCUCAGGGGUUCCUCUUCCAGCCCUCCGUGUCCCUGGCUCUGCCCUUCAGCUCCGGGAUCAUCCUGGGUCAGAGGACCGAGGGCUCAGCCUUCGCUCCGUACUCCUCAUCCGCGACCUCCUCCCCCGGAUUCAGCUCCCACUCGCCGUACGGAGGAGAGCCGCGGGCCGCCGCCACCAUCAGCUCGUUCAUGAACCCGGGCUACGAUCCAUCCUCCGGCGUCUCCGGAUCCUUGGACUACCAUGCCUUCGGGCCCCUGGGGGCCUACCCGUACGGAGACCCGACCUACAGGAAGAACGCCACGCGGGACGCCACGGCCACGCUCAAGGCCUGGCUCAACGAGCAUCGGAAGAACCCGUACCCCACCAAGGGGGAGAAGAUCAUGCUGGCCAUCAUCACCAAGAUGACGCUGACGCAGGUCUCCACCUGGUUCGCCAACGCUCGGCGGCGGCUGAAGAAGGAGAACAAGAUGACGUGGACGCCGCGGAACCGGAGCGAGGACGAGGAGGAGGAGGACGCCAUCGACCUGGAGCGCACCGAGGAAGAUGACGAGCCACUGAAGCUGACCGAGGAGGAGACGGAGCUGCGGAGCGACAGCGGCGUCCAUCACCCCUCCGCCUCAGAUUCCAGCCGGUUGGCAUUCCGGGAGGACACCGGCACCGACCGGGCCCCUUUGGACCAGAGGUUGCCCCAUGUUGCGGCCCCUCCUCACAGCGGGCCCCUGGAGGCCCUCAGAGCCUCUGGAUCCGAGCAUACGUCAUCACCGAGCUCCUUGGAUUCUUGCGGCACCACCCAGGGGCCGAACCCGGCCCCGAAGCCCAAACUGUGGUCCCUGGCUGAAAUCGCCACGUCUGUGGACAAAAACACAGGAAGUAGCGACUCGCCGCAGAGCAGGGGGCGGAGCUCUCUGGGCCACGGCCCCGCCCUGCCGAGGCACCUGUACUACGCCUCCCCGUUCAUCCCUGGAUACUCCAGCUUCAGGCCGCUGGGGCCCCUGCAGGGAGGCCCUGGCUCACACAUUAACGGAUUACAGCAGAAGAUGCUGCAGCGGGCCGAGGCCGCAGCCAGGGACUGCCGACUGCGCAGCCACAGCCAGACAGAGCUGCAGGAGCUAAAGAGAGGCAUGACGAACGUGUAGCUGCUCAGAGAAUCCUGCUGAACUUUGACCCCGAGACAGUUUCACAGCUUUUCUAUGUUGAUCAGAUGUAAUCUUUGUAGUGCGUUUCUGCACCCAACAUGACAUGUCAUUGAUUAAAAAAUAGUUUUAUUAAGA